AUGCGGGCUUUUCUUCCCCUCGCUUUUUCCCACCUUUUGGUCACUGUCUGGGCCGGAGGCUACCAGUCUGGCCUCGAACGUAUUUGGCUAUUCAAGGCCUACGAGAUUGACGGACUCAAUGCCGAAGCAGACCAAACAAUUGGCAUGAGAUGCAACAAUUUCAAACCCAAUCUCAAAACUCCAGCAUGCAAGGAGGCAUGGAUUCCAUGUGUUGGUAAAUCCAGCAGUCGAUGCAACUUCGACGAAUUCAUGGACUUCCUGCAGCAAGAUGCUUCAGCCGCCCCUCAAGACCCCAACAACCCUGCAGCACCCAAACCCCAAACAAAAUGGGGUGUGUUCCAAGGCGACAAACUGGACGUACAAAAAACCGCCAUAAACAUCUUCAAACUCAGCAAGGGGAGAGGUUCCCCCGAAGUGCCUCCUCACCAGAUGAUGAAGAGCUCCGCAGUAGGCUAUCCAGAGUUCGUCAAGAUGGUCAGCAAAACGGUAGACGACACCUACAAGAAGCAUGGGAGCGUCGGGGAUCCGCGUUUCUGGCAAGAAUUUGACCAAAUCAGAGAGGACAUCAAGACGGCGCGUGUUGGAGAUCAUGGGCCGCAUCUCAUUAAAGCAGCGAACGAAGAUGAAAAGCUAAAAACCUACCAGCUUGAGAUCAAGCACAUUGGCAAACAUCCGGCAAAUGAGAGCUGGAGCUGGGACACAAUAGAUCAGGAGGCUACGAUUGCGAAGAAUACGAGGGUGGAUGAGAAAGGCAAUUCAAACGCUGACGUUGUGCGGAAAGAUCUGAAAGAUUUUUUCGAUAGGUAUUACGCUCUCAGGAAUGGGAAGAAAAACACCCCUGCAACCCGCCAUCGCAAUGUUAUCGAGGCAUAUACCGAGAGCGCAAAGGAGAGCGCGAGCUGCAGGGCUAAAUGA